AGAGAAACUGAAAUUUCAGACAAAAGGAUUUGAGAACUUCCACUAGAAAAAAAACACUCAAUGGAGACUUCAAGUGUGAAUCAACAUGACGUAUUCAUUCAUUUCAGCUUGGAAGAGUUCCGCUACUCCUUUGCCAGCCAUCUCUCGGCUGCUUUCAGCCGGAGUAGUAUCUCCGUGUUUGUUGCAGAAGACACCAGCGGUGCGGCAGUGACAUCAAAUACUGAUUUUCAGCUACCUGAUGCCACUCAGUCUGCCAUUGAAGGAACUAAGUUUAUUGUGGUAGUUUUCUCCAAGAAAGACGCGUUCUCGCCGCUCUUCUUGGAAACGCUCGUGAAGUUCCUGGAGCGGCGUAAAGACGGUCUGGUCGUGGUGAUUCCGGUCUUCUAUGGUGAUGUCACUCUAUCAAUGAUUGAGCAAAAGAUGGAAAGUUUCGGAGAAGCUUUUUCCAACCACCUACAAGGAAGAUGGCGAAACGGUCUGAUUGAAGCCGCGAACUUGCGAGGCCAUAAGUCAAGUGAUCAACGAAAUGACUCGGAGUUAGUGGAUGAAAUUGUUGCAGAUGUGCGCGAGAAGCUGUAUCCAACUGGUACGAUCGGCUUUUAUUCGAGGUUUCUUGGGAUUGAGAACUUGCUUCGCAAGCAAUCUCAUGACAUCUACCGGCUAGGGGUGUGGGGUACACCUGGUGUAGGCAAGACUACCAUAGCUCAAACAGCCUUUAACCUAAUGUCUCAGGACUUUGAAGCUCAUUGUUUUCUCGAAGACUUCCACGUGAAUUUUCAGGAGAAAGGACUAUACAAAUUGCGGGAAGAGCAUUUCAUCGAAAAACUAAAAAGGACAACUGUUCUUAUUGUUCUUGAUGAUGUGCGUAAUCCGAUGGAAGCCGAGUCUUUCCUUGGAGGAUAUGAUUGUUUUGGUCUCGCGAGUUUAAUCAUCAUAAUAUCACGAGAUAAACAAAUUCUUUACCAGUGUCAAGUCCAGGGUUUUUUCGAGGUAACAUCCUUAAACAAGAAGGAGGGUCUACAACUAUUCAACCAGUUCGCGUUUCCAGAGAAAGAACCAAGUGAUAGUAAUCUAGUAGAAGUGUCAAAGAAGGUCGUUGAGUAUGCUAAUGGGAAUCGUGCAGCUCUUUGCUCCUAUGGCAGAGCGCUGAAGGAGAGAGCAAAACCAGAAGAAAUGGAAGUAGAGUUCGAAAAGAUCAAGCGUCAUCCUCCACAGGAGAUUAUGGACGUUUUCAAAAGCAGUUAUGAUACGCUCACCGACCACGAGAGGAACAUAUUUUUGGACAUUGCUUGUUUCUUUAAAGACGAAAAACUAGACUACAUCUUGAGAAUUCUUGAAGGUUGUGGGUUUUUUCCUCACGUUGGAGUUGACCGUCUUGUGGAUCGGUCUCUUUUGAUGAUAUCAGAGAACAAAAAGGUGAAGAUGCAUAAUUUGAUACAAGACGUUGGUCGGGAAAUCGCCAAAACAGAAAACAGUCACAUUGCGAGAAUGUGGGAACCGUCAAGCAUCAAGCCAUUACUAGAAGAUGAUGAACCUAAGGAAACUGAAUUUAUCGAAGGAAUAUUUCUUGACACGACAAACAUAAACGUUUUUGUUAACCCUAAUGUAUUUGAGAAUAUGUAUAAUCUUAGGCUGUUAAAGAUUUACAGUUCAAGCUCUGAACCUUCUCAAGAACUAUAUCUCCCCAAGGGGCUAGAAUCUCUGCCUUAUGAGCUCAAACUGCUUCACUGGGAAUACUAUCCGUUGCAAUCCUUGCCUCAAGAUUUUGAUCCCAGCCACCUUGUUGAAAUCAAUUUGCCUUAUAGUCAGCUUCAAUAUCUCUGGACAGGAACCAAGGUAAACGCAAUUGUUUUUUUUUGUUCACUCUUGCAUUUAUGGAAUUACUUUGUGUUUCAUUUUGUUUUACAGAGUCUAGCGAAGUUGAAGAUAAUAAAUCUUAGUCAUUCUCAGAAACUAGUUGAAGUUGAUGAACUCUCGAGAGCUUGUAGUCUUAAGGAGAUCGUUCUAAAAGGUUGCACAACUUUGGAGCGCACCCCACGCAUUGAUCAGCUAAAGAAUCUUGAACUUCUUGAUCUCUCUUGUUGCACGAGAAUCAAACGUACAGAACUUAUAGAGAUGAUCAAACCACUGGAUACAGGAGGACUGAGAGAAAUAGAAUCUGGAUCAAUGGUGUUCUCCACUUAAGGGAAGACUGUGGAUAACACAGAGAGGCUUUAAGAUUACAAAAUUUAAAACCUUUUUAUGUUGAAUACCUUUGAGUCGCUCCAAAACUUAAGCUUGCUAGAUACACUUCUAGAUGGA